AUGUACGUGAACAAGAGAAUUGGUCGCUUUAAGCAGUGGGCUGGAGAACGUAUGGGCGGAGAAGUCAAAACAAACACAUCCAAUGACUUCAAAGCUAUGGAAACCGAGAUGAGCGUGCGACAUGAAGGCGUGGAUCGUAUUCACAAGUCUAUGACGGACUAUAUGAAAGCUAUUGCUAAGCGCAGCGAGGGAAGCGAUAAGGAAAAGACUCUCCCUAUUGCUCACUUGGGAAGUAGCAUGGUCAGCCAUGGAGAGGACUUUGACGGUGCAUCUGAAUACGGACAAUGUCUCACCAUGUUUGGAAGGACCGAGGAGCGCAUUGCACGCGCACAGGAGAGCUACAUUGCGCAGGCCAAUUCAAGCUGGCUCGAAUGUCUCGACCGAUCAAUGACCCAGAUGAAAGACUACCAGACAGCUCGAAAGAAGCUUGACAGUCGACGAUUGGCGUACGAUACCUCUCUUUCCAAGAUGGAAAAGGCUAAGAAAGAAGACUUCCGCGUGGAAGAAGAGCUGCGGACCCAAAAAGUUAAAUACGAAGAGACUAACGACGAUGUGAUCCGUCGCAUUCAGGAUAUCCGGGAUGCAGAAGUGGACAACAUUAUGGACCUCGGAUCAUUUUUGGAUGCUCAGCUCGAGUACCACGAUCGUUGCCGAGAAGCGCUUAUGCAGCUGAAAAACGAAUGGCCUGGAAUGUCCGGCCAAGGCCCACCCCCCUCGCGUGGCCAGGACCGAGCCCUGUCAAACGCUAGCAAUUCUUACCAGGAUCGCCAUGCGCUUUUGCAGGAGCAACCGUCAAGUGUGACUGAGACCCGAGCUCCUAUCCGCUCGACCAGAGCCUUGUCGACUCAGUUCUCUGAAUCUCCUGUGAGAGAUUACCCAGCCAACAAUGCGUAUUCUCGACUCAUGCUGAAUCGUACCUCGACCUUCGAGGGACCGGCACAGCUACGCCAGGAGCAGCCUCCGGUUGCACCACAAUGGAUCCAGCGAACCAACACCAGCGAUAGUUGGACUGCACGUCAAAACAGCAACUUCAGUGGCCGUUAUCCAGUUGAUCCUUACGCAGACUCCGAGGAAGUUAGCUCUUACGGUUCUUACGGCCGUUCUAGCCCUGAGCGUGGAUACAGUGGAUACAGUGGUCGCUCUAUCUCUCCCACUACGUCUCUUGAUAGCGGUGUGUCCUCUCGACGUCCUAGUGGCACUAGUAGUGCUGGACUUACUACUGGGAAAAAGGGUCCCCCGCCGCCCCCACCUUCUCGUGCAAAGAAGCCCCCGCCUCCACCGCCCAUGAAACGGACAACAACAUCGACUAUGCUGAAUGCGUAG